CCUCGUCCUAGCAUAUAUCAUCUUCUUCCUCGAGAGUUGUAUCGGGAAACGGAGUGGAAAAUGGGUUCAUUGGCUACUUCAGAGAAGCCUCACGUUGUGUGUAUCCCAUACCCAGCACAGGGCCAUAUCAAUCCCAUGCUUAAGCUCGCAAAGCUUCUUCACUUUCAUGGCUUUCACAUCACCUUCGUUAACACUGAGUUCAACCAUAAACGUCUUCUCAAAUCCCGAGGUCCUGAUUCCCUCAAUGGCCUCUCUUCUUUCUGUUUCGAAACCAUCCCCGACGGCCUUACCGACUCCGACGAAGUCGUCGUCGACGCCACACAGGACAUCCCUUCCCUUUGCGAGUCCACCCGCAGAACUUGCUUAGCUCCUUUCAGAAACCUCCUCAACAAACUCAACAAUUCCCCUGAUGUUCCUCCCGUUACCGCCAUAGUUUCCGAUGGAGUCAUGAGCUUCACGGUGGCCGCCGCCGAUGAACUCAGCAUCCCAGAGGUCCUUUUCUGGACUACUAGUGCUUGUGGGUUUCUUUGCUACGUUCAUUACCGCCAACUCAUUGACAAAGGCUUGACACCACUCAAAGAUUCGAGCGAUUUAACAAAUGGGUAUUUGGAGAGUACUGUGAUAGAUUGGAUUCCAGGAAUCAAGGAAAUCCGGCUAAGGGACAUCCCAAGCUUUGUGAGAACCGCAAACCCAGAUGAAUUCAUGAUCGACUUCAUUCUUGGCGAGUGUGAAAGGGCUAAGAAAGCUUCUGCAAUCAUCUUGAACACGUUCGAUGCUCUAGAGCAUGACGUUUUAGAAGGACUAUCAUCCAUCUUGCCUCCAAUCUACUCCAUCGGUCCCUUAAAUCUACUCACCAACGAAAUCACUGACAAGGACUUGAAGCUAAUCGGAUCAAACCUGUGGAAGGAAGAAUCAGAGUGUCUGGAAUGGCUAGACGCGAAAGAACCAGACUCUGUUGUAUACGUCAACUUCGGGAGCAUCACAGUGAUGACGAGAGAGCAAAUGAUAGAGUUUGCAUGGGGACUUGCGAACAGCAACAAAACCUUCUUAUGGGUAAUCCGACCCGAUCUUGUUGCAGGCAAUAACGCAGUUCUUCCUCCAGAAUUCAUUGAAGAAACCAGAAACAGAGGGCUGUUAUCAAGUUGGUGUCCACAAGAACAAGUUCUGGCUCAUCCUUCAGUGGGAGGAUUCUUGACGCACAGUGGAUGGAACUCAACUAUUGAAAGUAUCUGCGGUGGUGUGGCUAUGACAUGUUGGCCGUUCUUCGCAGAGCAACAGACGAAUUGUAGAUUUGCGAGCAGAGAAUGGGGAAUUGGGUUGGAGAUAGAGAGUGAUGUGAAGAGGGAAGGAGUAGAGAGGCUUGUGAAGGAAUUAAUGGAGGGAGAGAAGGGGAAAGAGAUGAAGAAGGCGGCACUUGAAUGGAAGAAAAUGGCGGAGGAAGCAACCUGUAGACCUGGUGGAUCUUCGUUUCAGAAUUUUGAGACCGUGGUACGACAAGUUCUUCUGGUAAAUAAAACUAUUACCAAGUAGAGGGAUUUGUUAUUGUUGUUGUUUUUUUUAAAUCAGAGCAUGUAGAUUUUGUUAUACCUUAGUGUUAAUUAUGAGAUUCCAUUUCCAUUUAUAUCAUAUGCCAGUUUUAUUGUGUGUGUUCAAAAGUCCUUGCAUUGUUAUGAUGAUAUUUUAUCUCUCGGUCGGUGAUAAUAAUUACAUAUAUAAAAUGCUUUCUUCAUUUUUACAAAUUCA